AUGAAGUGGAUAUAUUAUAUAUACAGUUUACUUAUGAAUUAUUUGUUACCUAUUCACAGUAUUAUCUAUCAUGAAGGAAUCAUGGAGAAGAAUGUAGAUAUGACAGUUCAUAAUGAAGGAGUUCAAAGUUAUGUCGAUGAUUCUAAUAUGAAUCCUAAUGCAGAUGAACCUAAUUUAUCCACAUCAUUUAUUGUACCUAUUAUGACAGAUGAACAAAGAUUAUUAUCAAAAAUAUUAAAUGGAUAUGAUACAGCAUCUAGACCAAUAUUUAAUGCAUCUAAAAGUGUACAAGUUGGAUUUCAAUUUACAUUAAUACAAAUUAGUCAAUUAGAUGAAGUAAAUCAGGUACUUACUUUAAACGUUUGGAUUGAACAGGAAUGGAUUGAUGAAAGACUUACAUGGAAUCCACAAGAUUAUAAUAAUCUUUCAAGAAUAAGAAUUCCUUGUCAAAAAUUAUGGUUACCAGAUAUUGUAUUAUAUAAUAGUGCAGAUGAUUAUAAAACAGAUUAUAUGCAAAGUAAAGCAAUGGUACAAUAUAAUGGUAAUGUAUUUUGGCCACCACCAGCUAAAUUACGGUCAACUUGUAAAAUUGAUAUAACUUAUUUUCCAUUUGAUGAUCAAUCAUGUACUAUGAAAUUUGGUUCAUGGACAUAUGAUGGUUGGCAAGUGAAUGUAAUUAAAAGACAUGAUGAAGUAGAUACAUCGAAUUAUGUUGAAAAUGGUGAAUGGGAUCUACUUAAAGUUGUAGUAGAAAGACAUGAGAUAUUUUAUCCAUGCUGUAAUGAACCAUAUCCUGAUUUACGUUUUACAAUUUAUAUGCGACGACGUACACUUUAUUAUUUAUUCAAUAUAAUUUUUCCAUGUUUAUGGUUAACUGUAUUAAGUUUAGUAAGUUUUUGGUUACCACCUGAUUCUGGUGAAAAAAUUACCCUUGGUAUAACUGUACUAUUAGCAUUCAGUGUAUUUAUGUUAUUAAUUGCAGAGAAUAUGCCAGCUACAAGUGAAUUUGUACCAUUAAUUGGUGUUUACCUUACAGUUACCAUGACAAUGACGUCCUUAUCAAUUAUAUUAACUGUAUUAGUUUUACAUCUACAUCAUACUGGAUCUAAUCGACAAGCAAUACCAAAAUUUAUAAGAAAAAUAUUUUUUGAUUUUAUUGCCAAAUUUUUAUGUUUAAAUAUUGUAAAUAGAUAUGAAAUAAAGCGUAAUCAAUUAUUGAAUAUAAUUAAACAAUCCAAAUUGAUAUUAGAUCAAAUUCAAAAUGAUCAGGAUCAUAUAAAUGAUCCUAAUGAUUUAAACUUCAAUAGUUGUCAUAGCAACAAUGAUCAAAAUUUUCCUCAUUUUUAUCAUAAUCUACCAUCAGAUAAUUUAACUUCAAGUAAACGAAUAGAAGAACAAAUAUCAUCCAUGAAAUAUACAAAAAACACCAAUGAGCAACAUUCAUUCAUGAAUGAACAAUAUGAAUCUAUGAAUAAUAGAUUAAGCUCAAUAAUUGAACCUAAAACUACCCAUAUUGUUCAACUAAUCAAUAAAGAUGAUCAACAAUCAACUUCAAAAAUGAAUUCAGAUCAUAAAUUAAUUACUAAAUAUAAACAAUAUGAAAUGUCUUAUGAUCAUAGAUCAUAUUAUACAACAACAAGAUCUACAGAUGAUUUAAUAGAUGAUAUAAAUUUUUUAAAUAAAAAUUAUACUACUCAUAGUAGUAUAAAAUAUUUAACUAAAUUUAAUAAAAAUGAAUUAAAAUUUUUAGAAAAAAAAUUACUAGAAAUUUUAAAAAAUACUGAAAAACAACAAAAAAUUUUAAAAAUUUAUUUAUUAAAUUUAUAUAAAAAACAAUAUAAUGAACAAACUAUUAUAGAUAUAAUAAAUGAAUGGCGUAUAUUAGCUAUAAUUGUAGAUCGUAUGCUAUUUUGGUUAUUUUUAUUUAUUGCUAUCAUAGCAACUAUUGUAAUUUUAUUAAUUAUGCCUUUAUUUAAACCAACUUUUGCAUAAAGAAAAACGAAUAAAAU